AUGGCAGCUCCUGGCGCUAUUACUCUAAAAGACCUUUCAGGGCAAUGGAUAAUGAAUAAGACUCUCAGUGGAGAUACCGAUACGAUUCUUGCCAUGCAAGGCAUUGACUGGGUAAAGCGCAAAACCUUGUCAUUGGUAUCACUAAACCUUUACAUUAAGCAAUACGUGGCAGAUGGUAUCACUCAUAUUGAUAUUGGGCAAAUGGCAGGCAGUCUUAAAGGAGGAGAUGAUAACCGCAUUCUGGAUGACUUAGAACACCAGAGAGAUGACGAUCUCUUUGGUAGAAUCACACUUAAAAGUCGCUGGAUAAUGGUUAGCGAGAUCUUCGACCCAUUCCUGAAAGAAGGCUGGCUUGAUGGCCAUGAAGAAUUGAGCGGCCCAAGUGGCGAAUUGCUAGUCCAAACUGUUGUGAAAGGGGAUGACUGGCUUGCGGAUGAGAUUCUAGGUUUCUCAUUAGUUGGCGGUGAUAGGAGACUAACUAAGCGCAUAGUAGUCAGAAAAGGGGAUGAUGUAAAGACGGUUAUUAUUGUAUAUAAUUUCUACUGUUAA